CAUGUCAGAGUCAGUAGUGGCUCGACUCUCGCUAGGUGAGGACGUUACGUUCGCGCUCUCCAGUGUUACCACAAGUCUGUAGUUCUUAUCACUUACUAUCAGUUCGGUUCUGUGUACAAUGUUCUGUGAUUGUGUGAUAGAAGGGUGACCUUCGAAAAUAUUGAAGUGUGUCUGUUCUGAAAGAUUCUGUCAACAAACCAAACAUGGAUAUCCUGCCGAGUGGAAACAUCUUCAGGGAACUACAGGACAUCCACGAUACUGGAUAUUUCACUGCUCAACCAUCACUGGAAGAUCAUUGGCAACAGGAACUGGGAGAUGAAGUCCUCCAGGCUGUUGAUAUCUCGCAUCCGGCUCUGGAAAAACAUCAGCGGCUCGCCGAGUAGUAGACUGGAUAAUUGGAAACGCCACAUUAACCAAGAGGUGGGUGUCAGUUCUUGAACGGCUCUUAUUUGGUCCACAAAUGGUUUGGGUUGCAUGUGACGGUAGGAAUUAUCAAAUUUUCCAAGAUUUUGGAAAGGUUGAGUGCUAUUUACUGGUUCAAUCGGUAUAUAAUGUAUUCUGCUGGCUGGAAUAUUUUCCAUGGAUGUCGCUAGUCUGGAGACUCUUUCCUCACUUGCGGUCCAUUUAUCAUCUAUAGUUUUUAUGUUCUCCUUCACUUCGCCAUAUAAUGUGGUUAUCUUUAGUUGUUGUCCGACUACGGCAUUUUCUAAUACAUCGCAUCUCUCACCUGAUUUCGCCCCCUCCCCCGUUAAGUUCGCUAUACCUAUCAGCACGUCACUUUGUUCUUUAGUUAUUAUUUCCAUUCUAUUGACAUUUUCACCCAUCUUCGAUUCUA